UGGCAGGACUGGGGAGCGUCUGCGCGGCCGCGGCCCCUUGACGCACGGCGCAGGCGCAGCCCGGUUGGGAGUGCAGUGUACGGUGGGCCGAGAGCCAGUGCGGGGAGGCCGUGCGCAAGCAGGGGGUGUGGCUGCACAACGCUGUGGAGCUUUGAGCUCCUUGCUGCUCGGAGUUGGAUUUGCUAUCUUCGGCUCGAGGGUGACACUUGGACUCUCGCCCUCGGAGGGAAACGCGUCUGCAAGGUCUCUGGCUGCAGAUUCUUGGGCCCUCUUCGUGGGUGCCUGGCGUAGCUGUAGGGCUCUUUGAGCUACCCAGGACAGAUGAUCAUCGCUGUCCAUGCCCUUUGCAGGAGGAAGAUUGCCCUGGAUGGUGACCUGCGUCUGACAGUCCCAUCAGCUCUUCUCAGCUGUCCUGAGGCCGCAGCUGUCAGCUCCUCUGACCCUCAGCACUUGCCUGGACCGCCUGGGGUGACUGCAUCCCCACCCAGCAUGGCAGCCCGGCCGUCCCCGCCGCCAGACCCGCAGUUUGUCCUCCGAGGAACCCAGUCAGCAGUGCAAGCGCUGCAUUUCCAUGAAGGCGCCCAAGGGCAGGGGCACCCGCUCCUCCUCUCAGGGUCCCUGAGCGGGCUGGUGCACAUCUGGAGCCUGCAGACACGGAGGGCGCUCACCACCCUGGAUGGGCACGGGGGUCAGUGUGUGAUCUGGCUGCAGACACUGCCCCAGGGGCCCCAGCUCCUCAGUCAGGGCCGGGAUCUGAGGCUGUGCCUGUGGGACCUGGCGGAGGGCAGGAACGCCGUCGUGGACUCCGUGGGUCUGGAGAGUGUGGGCUUCUGCAAGGGCUCCCUCCUGGCCAGGGGCCCGCAGCGCUGGACACUGGCAGUGCCCGGGAGAGGCAGUGAUGAGAACAGACUCAACUUGGCGCCGGCCCAAAUCAACUUGUUUUCUUACUGUCAGAUUCAGAUUCUGGAGAUGCCAUCCAAGACAUCAGUGUGCACCCUGAAGCCAGAGGCAGAUGCCAAGCCAGGCAUGCCCAUGUGCCUGGAGCUGUGGCAGGCCGACUCCAGCUCCCGCCCGCUCCUCCUGGCCGGGCUACGAGGAUGGAUCGGUGGCCUAUGGGAUGUCUCCGAGCGGAAGGUGUGCAGCCGCAUCGCCUGCCACACAGAGCCCGUCAUGGGCCUUGACUUUGACUCCCAGAAGGCCAGGGGCGUCUCGGGCUCCGCGGAGAAGGCGCUGGCUGUCUGGAGCCUGGAUGAGCAGCAGGCCCUGCAGGUGUGCAGGACUCAUGAACUCACCAAUCCUGGGAUCUCUGAUGUCAAGAUCCGAUCUGACCGAAAGAUUUUGGCCACUGCGGGCUGGGACCAUCGUGUCCGUGUGUUUCACUGGCGGACGAUGAAGCCACUGGCCGUGCUGGCCUUCCACACCGCCAUUGUCCACUGCCUGGCCUUUGCUGCUGAUGGCUUGCUGGCAGCAGGGUCCAAGGAUCAUCGCAUCAGCGUCUGGUCACUCUACCCUCGCUCGUGACUUGCCCGCUUCCUGUUCCAGACACACGAGGGACAGAGAGGUGGCACCCACACUUUGAUCUGACCCAAGCAUGUGGAAACCAUGCUUCAGGACCCCUGAGGACAUCAAGUCACCAGUUCUCCUUGCUUUUUGCGUGAGGCUUGUUUCCUCUUGUGAAAUUAAGCAUCCGUGCAGCAGUGACUCUGUGGUUCACAAAGAGUAACUGGGCCAGACACCUGGGCAUGUGUGGCCUAGGUUAGAGGCCAUCCUGGGAGGUGCUUUCCAGUAAACUUAAAGUUGCAAACCUG